GAUUCGUCACAUAGGUGAUAAUUAUGUUUUAGGCUACAAUGUAGCCGAAUGCAUCACUGUAGCGAUAAUAAUAUAAAACAAACAAUCAAAUUUUGACCAAUCGACGAUUGUAACCGAGGUUGUGCAAAGUAUUGAAGCGUGUUCUAAUAAGUGCUUGUGUUUAGAAAGAAAGGCUAAGCCAUAUUGACAAGGUAAUCAGCAGGCACAAUAAGUCGACAACACGGCUUAUACCUGGUCGCGCGCUGUAUCGUGAUAACAGACGGCCCUAUCUUCAAAAUGGGUGUAAAAGGUUUAGACAGAGCUAUCAUAUCGGCAGCGAUAGUCGGCAUCCUGAUAUCCACGUAUGCCUUGUACGUGGAGCUGUCCGCCGAAGCAGACCCCGAGUAUAAGGCCUACUGCGACCUCACUGAAAAAGUCAGCUGCUCGAAAGUUCUCACGUCUGGUUUCUCCAAAGGAUUUGGCUUGGUGGCGAAAGGGUCUCAGUUAGAACUUCCGAAUUGCAUUUAUGGAAUUAUUUUCUACUGCCUCAUGAUUAUUAUGACUACGUACGACAACAUGUCGGUGGUGCGACUACAGCUUUUAACUGCAGUGAUGUCGGUUCUCACCUGCAUCUACUUAGCCUACCUUUUAUUAUUCGUUCUACAAGAUUUCUGCUUGGUUUGUAUCUCCACUUACUUUGUAAAUGGUGGCAUAGCCGCAUUAGUCUACAGGAAAUUGAAAUAUGUCAUUAAAAAAUGCCGAUAAAUGUAACAACAUACUCGUGUGAACUGUAAAAAAUAAUUGAUUCAAAUGAUUAAAAGUUUGUAAAAGUGA